GCGGGUCCUGCACCAGCCGCGCCAGCGCCGCCUGGAACAGCUCCAGCACCUCGGCGUGCGCCAGCUCCUCCGCCGGCUCCGCCGCCGGCUCCUCGGCCGCCAUCGCCGGAAGGGGCGGGCGGCGCGGCGGAACCGGCGAUGCUGCUCUUCUGCCCGGCCUGCGGGAACGUGCUGGUGGCCGAGGAGGGGCCGCGCUGCCACCGCUUCGCCUGCACCACCUGCCCCUACGUGCGCAACGUCACGCGGAAGGUGACGAGCAGGAAGUACCCGCGGCUGAAGGAGGUGGACGAUGUGCUGGGCGGCGCCGCGGCCUGGGAGAACGUGGACUCCACGGCAGAGCCGUGCCCCAAGUGCGAGCACCCCCGCGCCUACUUCAUGCAGAUCCAGACGCGCUCGGCCGACGAGCCCAUGACCACCUUCUACAAGUGCUGCAACCCGCAGUGCGGGCACCGCUGGCGGGACUGAGGGCGGCGGGGACGGGCGGUGCUGCUGCUCCUGCAAUAAACGCGGCACUGCGGGCGAG